AUGUACCGGCGCAGCUACGUCUUCCAGACCCGCAAGGAGCAGUAUGAGCGCGCCGAGGAGGCGCAGCGCUCCGCCGAGCCGGACAGCCUGGCCGAGGGCCGGGCCGCCGCGCCCAGCCUGGCGGCGCUGCAGGGGCUCGGCGAGCGCGUGGCCGCCCACGUCCAGCGGGCCCGGGCGCUCGAACAGCGCCACGCCGUCCUCCGGCGGCAGCUGGACGCCUUCCAGCGCCUGGACGAUCUGGCCGGCCCCGAGGACGCCCUCGCCCGCCACGUCGAGGGCAACCGCCAGCGCGCCCGGGACCUGGCGGCCGAGCGCAGCCGGCUGGAGCGCCAGGGCGCAGAGGCGCAGCGCGCGCUCGACGAGUUCCGCAGCAAGUAUGAAAAUGAGUGCCAGUGUCAACUGCUGCUGAAAGACAUGCUCGAACGGCUUAACAAGGAAGCUGAUGAGGCCUUGCUGCGUAACCUGCGCCUUCAGAUCGAAGCCCAGUUUCUGCAGGACGAUAUCAGUGCGGCCAAGGACAGGUUCAAAAAGAACCUUCUGGAGAUUCAGACAUACGUCACCAUCCUGCAGCAGAUCAUCCAGACCACCCCGCAAGCAGCCACCAUAACGAGCGGGAUGAGAGAGGAGAGGCUUCUGACAGAACGGGAAGCCGCCGCCCUGCAGAGUCAGCUGGCGGAUGGCCGAGAGAUGAUCUGCCUCCUGCAGACCCAGAGAGCCGAGCUGCAGGCCCAGACGGCGGCCCUAGAGCAAGCUAUUAAAGAUGCCCACGAGUGUUACGAUGACGAGAUUCAGCUCUACAAUGAGCAGAUCGACACCCUGCGGAGGGAGAUCGAGGAGGCGGAGAGGAGCCUGGAGAGGUCUUCCUAUGACUGCCGGCAGCUGGUGGUGGCCCAGCAGACCCUGAGGAACGAGCUGGAUCGCUAUCAUCGCAUCAUUGAGAACGAAGGCAACAGGCUGAGCUCUGCCUUCUUUGAAACGCCCAUCACUCUGUACACCACAAGCCAUGGAGCCUUGCUCAGCCCUCGACACGGCGGGAAAGAUCUCGCCAGGGCUGUGCAGGAUAUAACAGCAGCAAAACCAAGACAAAAAGGCCUCCCCAAGAACGUUCCAAGGAAAAAGGAGAUUAUAGUGAAAGACAAGGCAGAUGACAGUCUGGAAGACGCACCCCUGACAGGCCCAGAAGACACGAAGCCUGGGCGGGAGGUGCUUAAAGAAGAGGGUGAGUCUAAGCCUGAAUCAGGGGGUGAAGAAGCAAGUCCCCCCAGCCCGGAAGGGGCUCCAGAGGAUGUCCCAGAUGGCGGGAAGAUAAGCAAAGCCUUUGAAAAACUAGGCAAGAUGGUCAAGGAGAGAGUGAGAGGCCCCAAAGAACCCGAGCCCCCCGCUGACCUCGACACCGAAGGGCGGUACGUGCUGGUCUCCGGGGAUGCCAAUUUCGUGGACCCGGGCUUCUGUUCCCUGUCCGUCCCUGCCAAAGGGGGCGUGAUGGUUUCCAAGGGGGACGGCUCUGUGCCUCCCGACAGCCAGGUGGAGCCCUCCCCGCAGCAGCCCGAGCCCCCUCCAGAGGGUGGAGAGGGACCUCCCCAGGGGAAGGAAGAUGGUCAGGAGGAUGGAGAGGCGCCUCCCCAGAAGAAAGAAGAUGCACAGCCACCCGACCAGCCCACCGCAGACAAAGGGGAAGAGAUAAAAGCUGAAGGACUCGAGGGCCCCGAGGAGAAACAGGAUGGCCAGAAGGAGGCUGAAGGGGCCACGGAGCCCUCUCCCGUGGUCACGCCUGGUCCAGACGAACCAUCUCCACCCCAGGCUCAAGAACCUCAGGUCAGUCGGGGUGGGUUCGAGGGGCACGGGGCUCGGAGCAGCCGCCUGCCAGCCAGAAGCCCUCCCAGGACGCUGGCCUACGAGAAGGUGGAAGUGAUGGAAUCCAUCGAGAAGAUUUCCACCGAGAGCAUUCAGACGUACGAAGAAACUGCGGUAAUUGUGGAGACCAUGAUUGAAAAGACAAAGGCAAACAAGAAGAAACUGGGAGAGAAAUGCUCUUCCAACGCCUAGGCUCCAGGGGAGAGGAUCCCCUGGGGCCAUUGUAGGGGAGUGCUUUGUAUUUUAGAACAAACGACGCAAGAGUGAGGAUUCUUGUUUGGAUUAGACCGUAGUUGGCAUUACCGAUGAAGCCUUAAUUAAAAAGUUUUCUUUGCUUGCAUGUCUUCUGUCUAA